AUGUUCUGUUUGUGCGGGGGGGUAGAUGCUGAGCUGACCUUUGAACCCAACUCAACCACUCUAUAUUCUGGGGAGCACGUUAAUCUCACGUGUCACAUGAGAGAAGCAAAUGUCAGUGAGUGGUUUUAUGAAUUCAAGUGGAACGACAAACCACUGGUUCCCAUCACUUCCACUAACGUGCUCAGGAUUCCAGAGCUAACGCCCGACAGGAACGGGGAUUAUCAGUGCAUCGCUCACCACAACAGCUCAGAAGAGAACAGACGGAGCAACAGGGCCACUCUCUCUGUGUCAGCACACAGACCCAGAGCCACAGUGAGAGCAUCCAGGACGUCCAUCCCAGUGGGCGGCUCUCUGACUCUGACCUGUUCUGUGGAGGAGUCUGCGGGUUGGAGCUACGACUGGUUCACACGUUCCCCAGACGCUGAGGAAACCGCCAUCGCAACAAAUCCUGUGCAAAACUCUCUGAGCAUCUCACAGGGAGGCAGCUACUGGUGCAGGGGAAGAAGGACUCACUCAGAUUUCUGCUCAGAGAAGAGUCACGUGCAUCACAUCGACAGAACCUUGUCCAACAGAAGCUUUGUCGUGCUGCAACACAACUGGACUCAGAUAUUCAGCGGUGAGACGAUCUCUGUCAGGUGUGAGAUCCAGGGAGGAGGAGACACCCAGUGGGAAUAUGAAUGGAGGACAACAAGCUCCCACCAACCAGUCACUGGUCCAGACACAGCUCCCACACACAGUGAAUACAGGCUGGGCACUGCCUCUGUUUUCCACAGUGGAGAGUACUGGUGUAAGGCCAGAGCGGACUGGUAUUCCUCAACAGAGUGGAGUGAGGCCUUCCAGCUGAGAGAUUACGUAAAAGCUACUAAACCAAUUUCCGCCCAAUCCCCAGAAAGCAUCUGGGUGUGGACCUACGAUAAACCCAGGCCCAGGCUGACUGCCGAUAACACAACCAUCACAGGAAAGGGAAGCGUAGCACUGACCUGCUCUGUGGAGAACGCGUCUGAGUGGAGAUACGACUGGUUCAGAAGAACCUCAGCCUCCUCUGCAGCUCAGAUCCUAAGAUAUAAUGAAACACAUGAUGGAAUCAGCAUCUCAGAGGAAGGCAUCUACAGCUGCAGAGGACGGAGAGGAGACACAACCUUCCUCACAGAGGACAGCAACCGAGUCACAAUAGAGAACAGAGUUUCCCACAAGGCGUCUGUGGCCCUGCAGCCUGACUGGUCUCUGGUCUUCAGCGGUGAGACGAUCACUGUCCGGUGUGAGGUCCCUGCAGAUGUACCAGCUGAGUGGGAGUAUGAAUGGACCAAACCCAACUCAACUACGGUUCCAACACACGAUGAAUUCAGGAUUGUCAAUGCGUCCUCGUCCGACAGUGGAAGCUACAGGUGUUUGGCUAAAGACAAGAAGAACUUGAAUUCCAUGACCGAGUGGAGCGAUGACGUCACAUUAACAGUUUCUGCAUCACCUGGAUGGAAGUAUUAUUGGUACAGAGGUAAGAAAACCUCGAAGCCCCUGACGGAUGAGGAUUUCAAGUCACAUGGACAAAGUGCUAGUGCCUCACGUGAAGGACUGUACUGGUGCAGAGGAGGAAGAGGAGAUCCAGUUCACUACACCCAGUACAGUACCUCAGUCAGGAUUCAUGGAAUCGUCCACAACAGAGCUGCUGCGACUCUUCAACCCAACUGGCCGAACACAUACAGAGGAGAAGCCGUCACCCUGAGGUGUGAGAUCCAGGGAGGAGACUCUGAGUGGGAGUAUGAAUGGACAGCAACCAGCUCACAGGCACCUCCCAACACAAAGGAGUUCAGGAUCAGUCUGGGGUCAGAUCUGAGCGGCAGCUACUGGUGUCAGGGCCGACUGAAAGGUGCACGGCAGAACUCCACAGGAUGGAGUGUUCCCCUCACGUUGUCUGACGCGGCUGCACCACGACCUGUCGUCACUGUGUCUCCGUCAUGGCUGACUCCUGGAGCCUCCGGGACUCUCACCUGUGGGGGGGGUCCACAUCCCACUGCAGGGUGGAGGUUCUACUGGUACAGAGCUGACCCCAUUAGUUUGGAUCCAGUCUCCAGAUGUCCAGAGUCAUCUCUAUACUGGGUGUAUGUUAUGCACACUCCUGAGUUCAGUUAUGAGCUGCUCCCAGGAAGCGACGGAGGAACUGAACAAAACUCCUUCGUCAUCCAAGGCCUGACGGAGUCAGCAGGUUAUGCAUGUCGAGCUGGAAGAGGAGACCCCGUGUUUUACACUGAGUACAGUGAGACAAAGUGGGUGUGGUCUGGAGAUUCCUAUUCGUCAGUGUCUCUCACAGUGAGGCCGGACAGAGUGCAGCACUUCUUUGAUGACUUGAUCCUUCUGACCUGCGAGGGAAACUCUGAUAAUUGGAGAUUGUGGUGGAGCGUGUGCAACUCCCUGCAGCUGCACCUGAUUCCUGUUGAGGGCGUGGCCUGA